GCGACUGGCAACUCUGUGACGCACAGCUGAUCUACUCACCGGCUACAAAUUAGAUUUCUUACAUUUGUUUAUUUACGCCGCCGCCUACUUGCUAGGCCUCAGGAAAGCGUAUACCUAGGAACAGGUCCUGGUACAGACCCGGAGCCACACACCUACACCAACGCACAUUCCGCCUAAUUGCGCAACGCACUUAGCCGGCUGGCGUGGCAGUUCCCAUACCAACUCCUCCCUCCGCCAAGAUGACGGCCACGUUGCGUUACCGCGGCGACAAAAGCAAUCUCUUGGAGUUCGCCAAGAACUUGGACGCGUUCAAGAAGGUGCCAGAGAAGUACACGGAGACGUCGGAAAUCGGAGGCACCCUAUCCCUGUUGAGCCGCCUGUUGAUCGUUUACCUGGUUUACACGGAACUGCACUACUACUGGCACGAGACGCAAAUUGUUUACCAGUUCGAGCCGGACAUCGCCCUGGACGAGCAGGUGCAGAUGCACGUCGACAUCACCGUGGCCAUGCCCUGCGCAUCACUGUCCGGCGUAGAUCUCAUGGACGAGACGCAGCAGGACGUGUUCGCCUAUGGGACUCUGCAGCGGGAGGGCGUCUGGUGGGAGAUGUCCGAACACGACCGGCUGCAGUUUCAGGCCAUCCAGAUUCAGAACCACUACCUGCGAGAGGAGUUUCACUCGGUGGCCGAUGUGCUGUUCAAGGACAUAAUGCGGGAUCCCCAUCCGGCGCGGGAGAGUGCCUCGAAGGCGCAUGCUGCCCCGCCGCCAGGAGCGUUGCCCCUGUCUGUGGACCUGCAUGGCCAGCACAACGUUCAGCCGGAGAGCAAAUUCGAUGCGUGUCGUCUGCACGGAACAUUGGGAAUCAACAAAGUGGCCGGUGUGCUCCACCUCGUGGGGGGAGCUCAGCCCGUUGUGGGACUCUUUGAGGACCACUGGAUGAUCGAACUGCGGCGCAUGCCUGCGAACUUUACGCAUCGCAUUAACCGGCUCAGCUUUGGGCAGUACUCGGGAAGGAUUGUCCAGCCAUUGGAGGGCGACGAGAUUGUCAUUCACGAGGAGGCUACCACAGUACAAUACUUCCUGAAGGUUGUGCCCACAGAGAUCCACCAGACAUUCACCACCAUUAACGCUUUUCAGUAUGCCGUCACCGAAAACGUGCGAAAACUAGAUUCCGAGCGCAAUUCGUACGGCUCCCCUGGCAUUUACUUUAAGUACGACUGGUCGGCUCUGAAAAUUAUGGUGCGUAACGAUCGCGAUCACCUAGUAACCUUUGCCAUCCGCCUGUGCUCAAUUAUAUCAGGAAUCAUUGUCAUCUCGGGGGCGAUUAAUGCCUUGCUUCUUGGGAUUAGAAGCCGUCUGCUCCGCACCUUCGCUCCGGUUUUGUACAACCGAUUGACCAGAGCCAAGGCUGCUGCUCCGGAUGCUGCUUCUCUAUCCUCGCAUUCCGCAAAGGCCGGGACAGCUCCGCCUGUCAACGAUCUUCUGCACACAGCCAACCUGAUGGCCAGCGUGGACAUCUCGGCCUAUUUGCCCACGACGCCGCCAAAGCUCAAAGCCGGCCUUUAGCCGGCUUUUCUGUGCAACAGGGAAUCUCAGUCUGCAAACUACUAAUCCAACUUUUUUACGCAAAUAAUGUAUUCUCUCAUUAAGAUACGAAAAAAAAGCACAAAAUAAUAUGUCA